UGUUGAGAAACCGAGCAGCAAAGGUGGCAGCAGCAGGUCCAGGCCUUGCGCGUGUUUCUUGGAGCUUCCUCCAGUCAGCCUUUCUACUCAGCGCAUACUUGAAUCAUGUAAUAGCUUCUUCUUAGCACCAAACCACCUGCCGUAGUUGACGCUACCAAAAGCUUACAACACACUCUUAGUGCCGUUGUUCGACCAAUUUAGCAGCUGAAACGGGAAGAACCAUAACAGCAGCUUUAUAUCUUCGCGAGAUCUUGCCUUUGACCCUCAUCACGACUUCAGCGUUUCGUAUCGUAGAUGGGAGCGUGCACGGAGCCUGCACCGUGCGAUCGAGACAGUAGAUGCGCGUCCACGCUGACCCCGCCGUUCCUUAGGUCCCAGCAGCACCCGCUCCACUCGUCCUCCAGACACAGCGCGCACCCGCUCACCGCCUCGUCGCACUUCGCCUCGCCCUAUGCCUCCGUGCUCUGCACCAUCUCUCUAGGCCCCGCCGCCUUGUGGCCGCGCCUCACCAUGCGCCACCGCAGACUGCCGCGCCUGUGGCUGCUGCUCACCGUCUUCGCGAUCGCGUCGCUCGCAUUCGUCAUGGUGCGGCUGCACCCCGCGAAGCGGAGAGCAGCGGCGGUACCCGCGAGGGUGGCGAGAGUGCUGGUGGAUCAGGCGCGCGACGGCGUGUGCGGCGGGCAAAGGCGAGGCCUUGGGGGCAGCAGCAGCAGCAGCAGCAGCAGCGGCGGCAGUGCGCUGAGACCGCAAUUGGAGUGGUCGUCAUCGUCCGUGCCUCGGCGGGCGCUCGACGAGGCCGACAGACCAGACCACUCGUUCCUCGCGUCGCUCACCGCGUCGUCCUCCGACCAACCACCCUCCGACCAACCACUCUCCAGCCGACAACCCUCCUCGUGCUCCAAAUGCAGAACGCUCAAGGACGUGCUUGACGGAGCGGUCACGGCGGCGGGCGGCGAUCCGUCGGCAGCGGCAGCGCUGGCGGCGGCAUUGGAGGAGGAGUAUGGCGGGCCCGCCGCGCUGCUGGACCCGGAUCACCCGCCCUCAGAUGCACCUCCCCUCGGCGCCGCGGCGGACGAGGGCGGCGGCAAGUCGGCCGCCGCCAGCCUGGUGGAGGCGGCACGGGCGUCGUCGCUGUCGCGCACCGUUAUAGUCACAGCGCUGUCGGAGGCGUGGGCGCCCAUGAUGCGCUUCUUCCUCGAGCGCCUCCGCCUCGCGGAGCGGCACGCGCAGGAGGCGGAGGGCGCGGAGGCUGGGGUGACGGGGCUGAACCGGCUGGUGGAUCGGCUGGUGGUGGUGGCGUACGACGACGCGAGCUUCGGCGUGUGCUGCUCGCUGGGACUGCACUGCUACUACGACUGGCAGGACGACGCCGAGGAGAAGGACGACUUCAGCGGCGACCAGAAGCACUUCAUGACGCCCGCCUACAUCCACCUGGUUUGGCGCAAGGUCCACGUGGUGCGCAGCAUGCUGGCGCUGGGCUUCGACGUGGUAUUCACGGACAACGACAUUCUCUGGCUGCGCAACCCGCUGCCGUCGCUGCUGCUGGCGGCGCCCGAGGACAUGCACAUGAGCGUCGACUGGUGGUAUGCCAACUCGCGCGCCGUCGUCGCCAACGGCGGCUUCUACGCGGCGCGCAGCAACACGCGCAUGCUCAAGUUCUUUGACGACUGGAUCGCCUGGCACAAACGGCUGCCGAAGCACCGCAUCCAGCAGAUCUUCGACUGGAUCCGCCCCGAGGCCAACCCUUUCACGCGCACGGCGACGCCGCUGACGGUGCGCUACCUGCCCACAGCGCACUUCGGCGGGUUCUGCGAGAUGGGCGCGCGUCUGGCGGAGCUGGUGACGGUGCACGCCACGUGCUGCUUCGGGCUGGACUCCAAGCUGCGCGUGCUGCGCAAGAUCGCGGCGGACUGGGACUGGAUGCACGCACUGCCCGCUCGGGCGGGCGAGCGGCUGGAGGAGCACGGCUUUGCGUGGCAACGGCGCACCUGCGAGACGGACUGACGCGUGCGGCGGAUGAGGUGGUGGGGGAAUCGCUCCAGUUAACUCAUUCUUCAGCCAGCUGACUCGUUGGGGCUGUCCGUCCAAUAAUCGGCAGCGGAAUCAUCCCGCUUUCCAUUUUUCCAGCCUUGCAGUUGGCGCCAAGCAAGCCACGCAUCGACCCAUCCAUGCAGUGUGCAACCACCCAGACAUCCAGACGCCCAGGCACCCCAAGUAUGUGUGCAGCAGGGCAGCAGUGCGUGUGGGGCGCUUAGGCAGGGCAGCAGUUCGUGUGGGGCGCUCAUGCCCGCCCAGCGAGCUAACUGUUUGACUGGGCUGCGAGGCAGCCUCCUCUCGAGACUUCCUCCAGCCUCCCAUGCCGCCCCUCGCCCCUCGUCUCGUGACGCCCCUUCCCCGCUGCUGCCUGUGCGUGCACCUGCGGGCUGGGGGCCCGCCUCCCUGCCAGCAGCGCUUGGAGCGCUGUGCCUUGCCGUGCGACCGGCGCCUUGGUGACGCGCAGCAGGCAGGGAGGGGAGGGGUGAGGGGAGUGGUGGCCGGUGGGUUAGAGCAGGGCGCAGAGGGCGAGAAGGGGGAAUGGCAGGGGCAGCACAGGUGCAUGUGAGGUGCGGGCAGUGGCGGGUGAUGGUGGGUGCAGCCUGCAGCAGGGCAAGGGGCAGGUGGAAGGGCAAGGCUGGAAGCUCAAAGGGGGACAGGCAUUCCAGGCAGGGCAAGGCACGCCCGUGUGUGAUAAGGCGUGUAGCAUGCUGCAACUUGGAAACGAGUCCAGACUGGCUUGGCACAAUGCAAGUCUGGUGAAUACACGAGCCACAUUUCUGCCUCCGCUAAGCCACUUGCCACAUCCCAGAGCCAGUCGGCGCUCUCUGGCAGCCGUGUGCGAUGCGCCCCACUUAUCUGUAGAUGGAGCUGAUCUAGCUGGGUGUAGGACAUGUGCCAUAGGUGUGAAAUUGCUGUGCGCCAGAGACCUCAUAGGUUGUGGCUUUCACUGUAACCAUAGCAGUAGAUGGACUUGUGUUGAUCUAGGCUGUUGCACAUCUUGACAUAGUGAAACAUCCCUUUUGGGGGCACUAACGAUCUCCAAUGGAGUAGUUACGUUUUGGUGAUUUUCUUUAGA